GAAUUUGUACUCGCGACCUGAUCGGACCUGACUGUUUUUCGUUUGGACCAUUUUAGAGAGAUUGUGGUUGAUCUUGUGGGGGUGCUGAUUUUCCAGCGAAUUUGACAAAGCCUGACCUUAAGUGAGAAUUCUAAUUGACUGGCUCGAUUCUAUUGUGGAGGAGGUCAAUCGAUUGGAAAGUGUAUUAUAUCAUUAAGAGCAUAUGUUGCAAAAAACCUUUGAAGGAGGUGUCGUUAAUUGAAUUAGAGAAUCGUUUUUUUUCCUCUUCCUGUGGAUGGUUUUAAGAAUAGCAACUCGGUCAAGAACGGAUUAUUUUGGAGUGAAGAACUAAAUUUGUGAAGAAUAACCUCGAUCGGUGGUGCGUGUAAUCAGUGGACAAUUAAAGCUCAUUCAUAAGGUGUCGCGACGCCCCCUCUUAAUCCUGCCCGCUCUCUUCACCUACCAGUGUGAGCGCGUUCUAAAGUGUGACUUUGUGUGUGGAGAAAUGUCGAAAGUUAUUACCGCAUCAUAAUGGAGCCCCGUUGUCGUCGUCGUCGAGUGGAUUAGCUAACUUUGGCUGACGAGACUUAGUACUCCAGCGAGAUAGAGUGAGAAAAAGAGAUAAUGGUGUUGUACUGUUCCAGCGAACUCAACCCUGGUGAUUUGUUUUAGUUUGGAGCAUAAAAAAGCAUAUAACAAAAAAACCCUACAAAUAAAAAAUGGACAAACUGCACGAUUACCAGGGUUGGACGGGACGGUUCCACGAGAUUAAGGAACGGGUUCGAGCUAGACAUGCGGCGUGGCGUGAAACGCGAGGAGGAGCGGGAGCAGGAGCGGGAGGAACCGGAAGUGGAUUAGGAGCGUAUCUGCGUGAAAGCAUUCGGACGCCCAACCAACGUCAGGACGCCGAGGGAAAUGUGGACUUUUCGCACAUUUAUCGCAAAAAGACCCGCCUGGAGCUGAUCCGCGUGUCGGCCGCCGUAAUGGGCAUCGAGUUCUCGUACGCCGCCGAGACGGCCUUCGUAUCGCCCACGUUGCUCAAAAUUGGCGUCCAACAUCAGCACAUGACCCUGGUGUGGUGCCUCUCGCCGCUGGUGGGCUUCUUCCUGACCCCGGUGCUGGGCUCGUUGAGCGAUCGCUGCAAGAGCAACUACGGCCGGAGGAGACCGUUCAUCUUUCUGCUUUCGGUGGGGGUCCUGCUGGGGUUGCUGUUGGUUCCGAAUGGGGAAGAUUUGGGGUACGCGUUUGGGGAUGUUGAUCCUUAUGCGAGGAAUUCGACGCUGCCGGUGCAGAGCGUGCUGCCUCAUCGAGCGACCGCGCUGGAAGCUGAGGAGACGAGCGAGGAGGUGCUGACGAGACCAAGUCAUCCGUGGGCGAUCUUCUUCACGAUUCUUGGGACUGUAAUGCUGGAUUUUGACGCUGACGCGUGCCAGAGUCCGUCGAGGGCUUAUUUGUUGGAUGUUACUAUUCCGGAGGAUCACGCAAGAGGAUUGUCUACGUUUACGAUCAUGGCAGGACUGGGUGGCUUCAUGGGCUAUUCCUUGGGUGGAAUCAACUGGGACGAUACAGCUAUUGGUAGGGCGUUUGGUGGGCAUGUGCGAGCCGUCUUCUCACUGAUCACGAUCAUAUUCAUACUGUGCGUAUCGUUCACCAUCACAAGCUUCAGCGAAAUCCCACUGUGGAUUCUGGAAGAAGAAAUCGAGCGACAAUACUCUCCAACGGCAACUGAAAGUAAGGAACAACCCCCGCCACCACUGCUUGUGCGAUCGUCGAGCGAACACGAACCACUGGAGAAGAUCGAGUCUUCCGCAUCGUACGGAACCGUCGAGGAAGAACACAUGCUGCAUGCACCACAGAAUCACCAGCGCCGUUUCACAAUGCCAGCCCCGAAUACCAAACGCGACUACGACGUUCUUCCAGGGGAAAACUGCGCCGAGACUUCGUUCACUAAGAACGUUGAUCCCACUACGUACGCAGCUGAUCCUUCCUCCAAGGGUGAAGUCGUAACGCUGUCAAUGUACCUAAAGUCGAUCAUUUUCAUGCCUCACUCGUUGCGAAUGGUUUGCCUGACGAAUCUGUUCUGCUGGAUGGCCCACGUCUGCUACUCGCUGUACUUUACGGACUUUGUCGGCGAAGCGGUCUUCGAGGGGAACCCGCAGGCGCUGGACGGUUCCGCGGAGUAUAUCCGGUACGAGGAGGGUGUCCGCUUCGGCUGCUGGGGUAUGGCCAUGUACUCGCUGUCCUGCGCGUGCUACUCGCUGGUGAUCGAGCGGCUGAUCAAGCGCUUCCGGGCUCGCAAGGUGUACAUCGGCGGGCUGCUGUUCUACUGCUCCGGCAUGACCAUGAUGGCGCUGACCAAGCACCGCGUCGGGGUGAUCUUGUUCAGCUGGACGGCCGGGGUGAUGUACUCGACGCUGUUUACGAUGCCGUACCUGCUGGUGGCGCACUAUCACUCGGAGGGGAUCUUUGAGGAAAUCAACCCCGAGGAUCAGCCGAAGGAGAAGGUAGUGAGAGGACUCGGCACCGACGUGGCGAUCGUCAGUUCGAUGGUCUUUCUGGCACAGUUUAUCCUCUCGAUCUGUAUGGGCACGAUCGUGUCCUGGACGGGAACCACGACGGCCGUCGUGAGUGUGGCGGCCUUUCUCAGCUUCUGCGGUGCCAUCGCGGCCACACAGGUUAUGUAUUUGGACUUGUAAGGAGGAACGGAAAGAAAA